AUAAUCAACAUGAAAGUCUUCAUCUGCUUAAUCGUCGCUCUGGCUUUGGUCUCAUCAGCUUUCGCUGUUGACUUGAGCCGUUGCUCUUUGGCUCGUGAGAUGUCUCGCUUGGGUGUACCAAGGGAUGAGUUGGCCCGUUGGACUUGCAUUGCCCAACACGAGAGCUCCUACCGCACUGACGUCGUCGGCCCGACCAACUACAAUGGCUCCAACGAUUAUGGCAUCUUUCAGAUCAACGACUAUUACUGGUGUCGACCUGCAAGCGGUCGCUUCUCCUACGAUCAGUGUGACAUCAGUUGCGAUGGUUUGUUGACCAACGACAUUGAACCUUCGGUGCGUUGUGCUCAAAAGAUCUUGCGUAUGCAAGGUUGGUCUGCCUGGUCUACCUGGCGCUACUGCGAUGGUUCUUUGCCAAGCACUGAGGACUGCUUCUAA